UGCCAGGGAUACGGAACUACUCACGUUUUCUUUUCUGUCGGUUGUGUUUGCGGUUUGUAGGGGGAAAACUGUUUAAUUUGACUGUUUGUAAUUUUAUUCUUUAUCUUAAAAUGGAUGACAUUGUAAGUUUAGAAGUCAGGUGGAUAAAAAGUUUUACAAACAAGAGUAUCGAGUUUGUCGACACUAAAACAGUAUGUUACACAUGUGGCAAUCAUAUGUUUUUCCUCAACCUGAAGACAAACAAGCAAAGUGUGCUUCAGUGUACUGGCAGAGGCAUUGGUGCAUUGACAGCCAAUGGCAACAAUGGGACUUUUGCUUUCUCCGAGGAAAAGCUAUCUCCAUCUAUAUUUGUGUACAUUUUCCCUGAGUUUCAGUUGAAGAAUGAAUUAAAAGGAUCAGCACAACUGGGCUACACAUCUCUGACAUUAAGUGAUGGUGGUCCUUAUUUGGGCUGUUGUUCCUCUUUUCCAGACCACACCAUAACAGUGUGGAAUUGGGAAAACGGUGAGCCACUUUGUACACGACCACACGCUGGGCAGGAUGUCAUUUCUUUGGUGUUCAACCCUCUGAAUUGGCUCCAGCUCUGUGCUUUGGGCACUACAUCCCUCACUGUCUGGAAUAUUGAAAAGAGUGACAGCUUUCAUGUCCUGAAACCAAGUGUGAUAGAGCUUCCAGCAACUGAUGGUUCCUUUGUUGAGAGAUUGGUGCCCACCUCUCAUACUGUCAGCGAAAAACUGCCCUAUUUUGGUCUUGAAAUGCCUCCAACAGCCAUCUCAGGGCUCAAGGGAAACAAGGCAGAAAGCAUUGUGACUAAACUCUGCACCAAAGCCAGACUAACUCCUACUGCCAUCUGCUGGACAGCCACAUCACAGCUUUAUGUGGGCUGUGCGGAAGGCUUUCUGCUCGUUGUUGACCCGGAGAGCCUCUCUGUCUCCGUCCUCUUCAACCCCACAACUGCUGAUGCCCCCCCUGAACUCAGGCAGAGCAGCUUUCAAAGUUUAACUCUUAACAAGGAUGGUUUGAUUGCUGUUGGAAAGGAGAAUGUGGCUUACUGUCUUCAAAUCAAAGCGUCUCAGAUCAACAUCACUGAAACAUGGCAAUUAGAAGGACCUGUCACAACUGUGAUGUACUCCCCUGACUAUGAAACAUUACUUUUAUCUUCUAAUACAGGGCAAAUCUAUGUGUUGAACCCAACCCGGUCAGACAAAAUUGUGAAGGUCCUGGAUGUUCUCAGCGGCAAGUUUGUGGCAGCAGCAUUGUCACACACUGACAAGAACAUUUGUGUGUCAGUGAGAGAUUCUGGAGAACUGCAGAUGUGGUCUGCAGAUGGCAUUUGCCUCAGUUCCCUGUCUCUUCAAGCUGAGGUGACGAGUCUGGCCUGCUGUCCUAUCGCACACUACGCAGCUGUUGGAACGGCUUCAGGAAGUGUCCUCUUUAUUGACCUGAAUAGGCAGCAGCAGCCUCGCCUGGUGCACCAGGUUCAUCUCUACCACACUCGUGUGGAUCACCUAGUUUUUGAUCAAGAGGGGCACUACCUUCUCACUGGUGCCUCAGAUUCACAUCUCUACGUAUUAGAUGCAAACCCAUCAAAGAGAUUUUCAGUCAUAGGAUACACAGUUGUUCCUGGACCCAUUUUGUCCCUUUCCACUCAGUGCCUCAGUGACUGUGAGCAGGUGAAAGUUCUUGCACUGUGCACUGGACAGGAGCUCACGGUGCUCUCUCUGCCUUCAAGGAACCUUGCAGGUCCAGAUUGUGUAGACCGACAUGGUUGUCUGUCUACUCACAUCCUCAAGGUGUCCAGAUACGAAGUGCCUCAUCCGCUUAAAUCCUGUGUUCUGGGAGUCAGUGAGGUCUUCGCUUACUGCCACAAGAAGAACACUCUUCAGCGAUUUCAACUUCCCCAGGACACAGACGGUCUCUCCAGUCAACAGGUGGUCCAGCUCAAACCAGAGCAGGAAGUGAGGGGUCAUCCUCUGGACCCUGCCUCUCCCGCUCUGUCUCCUCACCAGUUAUGGCUGGCUUCUGUGGGCCGAGAUGGCCUCCUACGCAUCCGAGAAACUGCUUCUAUGGAGCGGUACAUUGUACUGCAAUGUCAUUCAUGCCGUCUGGGUGGAGUCCGGAGCAUGUCCUUCUCUGCAGACAGCCAGACACUCCUCACUGCUGGCUUUAAAGAUGGCUCCCUUGUGUGCAUCGAUCUCAGAAUUAAAGGUGAGGAUGAUGGGGAGGUGAAUGAAGCUACUCAGUACAGUCAGUCAAUGGAUCUCUUCUUGAAAAACACACUCAACACCGAGAAUCCCAUCCUCAUUGACUUGCCUGAGUGGGGCCAAGGUUCUCAUGCUGCCACUGAACAACCUGAGGUCAGUGGUGGAGUAGAGACUAUAGAUGUGACGGAGCAGGAUGAGAGUUAUAACAGCCUUCUGUCUGCACCACCUUCGCACCCCACCUGGCUGGAAAGCAGGCGAGAGGUGGUUAUAAAAGAAGACAAUGAGCAAUAUUCUGAGAGAAAGAACGACAUGAGGAAAACCAUCAAAGGGUUACGUGACAACAUCCAGGAGAUGAUGCGUGAGAGUGAAAACCUCCCGGAUAUCGAGCGCCUUCAACAACAGGAGUUCAACCUGGAUGUUGAGGAGCAGAGGAGACUGGCGGCCAUUUUGGAGCAGGAAGUUACUCGGGUCAGGAAUGGAGUCGAAUGGGAGAUUUUAGCAAAAUGUUACCUCCGUGAUGUCCUGAAGCGAGAAGGCUGGGAUUCUAUGAAGGUCAAAGGCAAGUCCAUUAAGACCCUUCACUCUGUACAUGAGGUGAAGAACUACCCUCUGAGAGAGCAAACAGAGCAACAGCUGGAGGACCUUCGCAGGGUUGAGCACAUGAGGAAGUUUGAACAGGCUGCUUGCGCCCAGAGCAGCCUGAAGAAAGGUUCUGACACAACCAGUGCGAAGGAGGAAGAGCAGGGGGAGGAAGGCCACGAGGCAGAGACUCCUGCUGUAACAGGAAGUUUGUCCGCUCAGUUAGGGUAUUCCAAUCCGUACAUCUACGAUCAGUUCUGCCUGCAAACCACCGAACAGAGGAUCAACCAGAUCAUUCUGCUCCAGGACGUGAUUUAUCGCAUUAAGACAGCUUUCAACACCAACUUUGAGGCCGUGCACAGGCAGAAGGUGCAGGAGCUGAACCGUGUGAGGGACAGGAACAAACACAUCAGGAAGAUCAUGCUGGAGCUGGACAUGAAGGAGAAGCUGUGGGAGCCCAGCCUGACCAACAGCGAGCGGCCAGAGAGGCUGCUCGCUGUAGACGACUCUGAGAUAAAAGCAAAAAAGUACCUCACCCCAGAACAGAAAAAGGAGGAGGAGAGGAAGAAGUUGGAAGAGCAAAAACGUUUGGCUGCCAAAGGCGAUAAUGUCAGAGACAGAGCUCUUGACGACAUGAUGGAAGGAGUGCUUGAAGUGAAAAAGCAGGACAUCUUGAAAAUGGAAAUACCUCCGCCUGAGUUUGUUUUGACCAAACUUGACAUUCACUGGAGUGAGGAGGAGAAAAAAGUCUAUAAAGAGUAUGAAAAGAAAACCAAAGACCUGAGUGAGGAGAAGGAGAAAUACAAAAAGUCAAUGGAAAGUGAAAUGAAAAAACUGCAGGCGUCCAUCAGGGAGUCAACCAAGAGGUUUGAUGAAACUUUGACAAAGCUGUUUGAGAAGAAAGUUAAAUGUGAAAUGGCUGUUUAUCAGGAAGAGCUCAACAUUACUUAUCUAGUUUAUUCAGUCCUCAUAGAAGACGAGAUUGGAAAUCGAGAGCUGGAGCUCAAGCUCAAACUUGAACAAAUGUUGGCAUGCAAGGAUAACCUUGGACUCGAAGUGAAGAGACAUGAAGAAGAAGUACAAUGGUUUCACGAGACCUAUGACAGCAUCCUAGCUGAGGACAAAGUUCUCGACAAAGAAUUCAGCAAAGAGUUCUUUGACGUACCGAGCCAUGUGGUUAAUCUGCUGCAUAAAUUAUUCAAGCGUAGACCCAGGGUUCAAAAGAUGAGCACCCAGACCGACAACAACCCCAACCCGUUUAAAGAGCAGCGUCUGUGCGGCUCUCUGGCUCCCGAUGCACUCGGCAAAAUGAUGAAGGCCAUGGAGGAGCUGGAUGCUCCGGAGAAUAUACCAGAAGUUGUGAGCCCUUCAAUCUGGGAAAGGUUUUGCCGCGUCCGCAGAACAAAAGUAGAGAGUGAGCAGAAGGUAAAAGUAAAAGCGCUGACUCUCGCUGAGAUGCAUGCGUUCCUCCAGAAGAGGAGAGAUGAAGUUAACGCCGCUCAACAGGAAAUUAAAAAUCUCUCUGACGGACUUGAAAGUCUACAUAAAGAGAAGAACCGGUUCCUGAUGGACAUUAUGGUCCAGCUGCUACUCAAACAGGGCCAGGUGGAGGUGUCCACCACAGAGCUGACUGCUGACUACAGUGACUCAUUACUUAACCACAGGAGUGUGGUGGAAGACCUCAACAGAACCAUCCGGACAAUCGGAGAGCAGAAGAUUGCCUCCAUGGUGGAGCGUAAAGACUUCCGUAAAGGCGUCAUCCAGCUGCAGUGGGAGCACAGAAUGAUGAAGCUCCAGAUAGAGGACCUCAACAACAAGGCGAGGGACACCCAGAUGUUACGACUCUCUGAGGAGCAACAGGAUUAUCUCAACAAGAUAGAUCGAGACAGUCGUGUGUCCAAGCAAGUUUCCAUUCUAGAAAAAACUAUAGCUUUCCAGGAAAAGACUCAUCUACAGAGUGUGCAGCAUCGCAUACAAACCAUUGAACAGCUAAGCAAGCAGGCAGCAACGAAAGCUGAGAAGAAUGUAAAUGGAGAACAGCAGAUUCCCAAUAUGCAGGUGACUGUGGCAGAGAGGAUGCACAUCUACGAAGCAAUAGAUUCAGAGGAAAAUCAGGCAGCUAAAACUGAGGAGCGCUACCAGGAAAUCAUUCAGAGGAAGUAUUUGGAGGACUUUGCCAGAGAGCAGGCGGAGGAUCUGGCUUUCCUCUGGGCAGAAGUCGAGCACAUGAGGAUGAAGAACUUUCCUUCACUUGAUCAGCUGAAGUUCAACUGAGCAAAGCCUUCUCUUCAACAGAUACCACCAUUUUAUUUACACUUCUUUAGCAAGUAAACUGAACAUUAAAUGUACAACGUAAGCUGUGAAUAAGAAUGGUAGAGCAGCAACAAAUCAAACAAUUACUUUAACUCAAGAUAUUUGUAAUGUGAUUAUUUUUAAGGCAUAUGUAUUAGGUAGUGAAGUCCUCCUCUGUGCGGUCAAAGUGCAGAAUGCCAUCUUCCAGACCAAAGAGGUCAAUAAGCCUCGACAGGUUGGCCUUUCGUCCAUCUAUGGGGACAUCUGACUGGAGCUCAUACAGUGCAUCCUGAGAACAACUCCUCCACUUGUCAAUCAAGAUUUGGAGCUGUGUUAAAUCAUUCUAGGGAGAGAAACAGGGAAUGUGUCACGUAAAAAGGACCACUUUCAGUCUAGUUAAGCAAAAAUAAAUCAUAAUGUUCACGUUAGGAGUAACCCCAGACAAAUUAAAAGGUAGUUGAUACCUUGCUCCUGUACAUUUGAACCAUCUUGAGUCUGCGUAGAGUGUCCAUCUUGUCUUUAACCUCCUUCUUCAGUUGAUCUCGUUGUUGUGCAAAGUCUUUGGAAGGAGAAUGUGUUGGAUCAGGAAUAGGCCCAGAAAACCUUUCCCUCCCUGCUGUCUCUUCAUUUCUGUUUACAUCAACAUUGGGCAUGAUCAGUGGUAAGUUAAUAACUCUCUCCUGGGAAUCUGCUGAAACUUGUUGGCCAUCCUCCUCAUCAACACAAAGGCGUUUGGCCACAGAGAAGGGCGAGGUGAAGGAGCGCCUUGAUCUCUUUAGCCUCUCCUUCAGAGAGGAACUCAGCUUUUGUUGAUGCUGCGGAGAUGACAUUAAAUGAAUGACAGGG